GACGAGUCACUGCCUCUGAAUCUCAGACUUUUUUAACACGUUUCGAUUUUCUCUUCUCGAUCGAUACGAAUUUUCCCAUCGAUUUUUUUUUCGCGCUCUUCGAAGUUUGGGUUUUUGGGUUUUUGUUUUUUUGCAACMWCGUACCGUCACACGGAWGGGGGCUGCACUAUGUAGUGGGUCAUUGCCAUUAUCAUCGUCAUUUACCUUUUACCAUCCAAAUUUUUCCAACAGCAGCAACAGGACCAGAAACAACUGCAGCAACAAGAAAAUCCUUCAGAACAAUGGCUAAUAUCACUUGGAGUUCUGUUCUCCAWCUCUGCUUCUUGCUUUCUCUCGUGAACGCUGAGGACUUCUACAAGUUGCUAGGUGUUUCACGCAGAGCAACCAACAAGGAGAUCAAAAAGGCGUAUCGUAAGAAAUCAUUGGAAUUCCAUCCUGACAAGAACAAGGAAGAGGGUGCUUCUGAUAAGUUUGCGGCGAUUAACCAAGCCUAUGAGGCCUUGAUUGAUGAGGAGAAGCGACAGAUUUAUGAUCGAUACGGCGAAGAGGGUUUGAAACAGCACGAGAAACAAGGCGGCGGCGGAGGAGGAUAUGAUCCCUUCGACCAAUUCUUCAAUAGGGGGCACCAGCGACGUGACCAAGAGCAAAGAACGCCAAAUGUGGAUAUUCCACUAGAACUGACAUUGGAAGAGAUUUAUAGUGGAGCUACCUUCUAUGUGUCUUACAUCCGACAAGUUUUGUGUUUCAAGUGGGAAAUGUGUAUGAAAACCGCUCAUGAGUGUGUUGGUCCAGGGAUAAAGGUACAGAGAGUACAGGUUGCACCUGGAUUUGUACAACAAGUUCAGCAAUAUGACGACCAAUGUGUCGCCCGGGGAAAGAAAUGGCARAGGAAUUGUUCCGAAUGUCAGAGCCAGACUGAAGCCGAAAAGAUUGAAUUGACGGUCGAUGUUACGAAGGGAAUACGGCCAGGAGAAGCGAUUACGUUUGAAGAAACUGCUGACGAAAAGCCAGGGUUCAAAGCUGGAGAUUUGAGAUUUAUCGUWACGGAGCAAUCGGAUCACCCGGUCUAUCAUCGUGAAGGUGACAAUUUGUACAUGACGAAGACGAUUCCCCUUGUAGAUGCACUAGUAAGUAUUUUUUCGCUCUAUCCUUCAGAAAUGUUAAMGAUCUGUGCUAUUUGUCUCGAUACUCGCUUUCUCUUCGCUCACGAUAUUUUUCUUCCUACRUAGACUGGUUUCUCAAUGACUUUGAAUAAAUUGGACGGAGCACCAUUUUCCUUCAAAAUCGACGAUAUUGUUCAGUGCGACGAAGUUAUGCGAAUUCCUGGGAAGGGUAUGCCUCGACGAAGUGGUAGGGGUUAUGGUGAUUUAUUCAUCACUUUUGAGGUAGACUUCCCAGACGAAUUAUCGCCCGAUCAAAAGAAAAAUCUUCGAGAGCUGUUGGGUGGAACAAGUAGUAAUAAGGCCGAACACGGUGAUGAACURUAACUCUUGAGUGUAUCGGGAUUUGGAGGAAAAGAUAGCGAURCUUGCUAGAUAUCAAUGAAGCUAUUUUCUAGGCCACCAUCAAAAUCAUUUUUUAAAAAUAGGCCAUGCGUAUGAUCUA